GCAACGCGCUGCUCCACGAAACCACUCAUCAGAACAUUACCUACUCAUCCCUUUCCACCCCGAGUGAUCCAAAGCCACUAGGAACUGGAAGAUUUACAGACUUUGUGAUCGCCUUUAUUGAAACUAUUCGAUCUGAGCUAUCACGAUGGUCCGCCCGUCCACGUUUUUGAUCUUUAGCCUGUUCGGCUCAGCUCUUGCUGUCGCCGCGCCGCAGUUUGACCAAGGGGCGGAGUUACGCAAGUCAGAAUGUGAUAAUGGCUGUUUCGAUGACAGCUUCCCCGGCGGUUCAUGUACCAAUGAUCCAGCCUGUAUGUGCACUCAGAAGAAGUACCGUGAGGCCUAUUUCUGCUGUAUGGCCAAGAAAUGUGAUGCAGAUGUGAUGCCUGAAUCUGUCGAGCGCCAACAUACAGAAUGCCAGGCCAGGAACCUCGACUUCACCUUUGACGCUGAGAAAGUUUGCGGUAUCAAGUUGGAGGCGACCAGUACCUCUGCUGCUUCGUCAACCACGAGACAUGCCGGAACUACUUCGCACAUUUCACACGGAUCUUCAGCGACAUCGGCCUCGGCCUCGGCCUCUGCGACAUCAGAUGCAGAAACCACCAGUAGCACCGAGGGUGCUGAGAGUGCUUCAAGUACUGCUCAGGAGUCAUCUACAGGUGGCGCAGCCCCUGUGACUGACAGUGCACCACGGUUGGGUGCCCCUCUUGGGGCACUGAGUGUGCUAUUCAUGGUCUUUGGGAUGCUGAUAUUCCACCAUGCUUUUACGACUAUUCCUCUGAAGACUCCUCCGAGCCAGUCUCUGAGCACUCCGAACCAGCAUCAGAGUACUUCGUCGAUGGGUUUCUUUCCAGCACAUCAAGCCACUCCUCAUCUGGUUCCAACUUCAACCUAUUCUUCACACACUCAAUAG